GGUGCGGAGUGGAGCGCGAGGAGGUGGAGCCGCGGGCUGCGGGCUCCGGCGCCUGCGUCCGCCCGGCCAGCCCGGCUCUGCGUUGCGAGGGGCCGGACGCGAGUCGCGGCUGCGCUCCAGAGCGAGCGCGGGGGACAUGGGGCGCGGCGGGCCGCCUGGGCCUCGCAGGCUCCGGAGCCCCGAGGGCUCCCCGCUAGGCCCCCUCAGUGGCCCCUCCUUCUCACCCGGGUCUCGGGUCCCUUAGUGAGUGAGAGCAUCCCCAGCCGCCUACCCGGCCAUGGCCAACGGAGUGAUCCCGCCGCCCGGGGGCGCCUCCCCCCUACCCCAGGUUCGGGUGCCCUUGGAGGAGCCCCCUCUAAGUCCAGACGUGGAGGAGGAGGACGAUGACUUGGGGAAGACCUUGGCUGUGAGCAGGUUUGGGGACCUCAUCAGCAAGCCCCCGGCCUGGGACCCUGAGAAGCCCAGCCGCAGCUACAGCGAGCGGGACUUUGAGUUUCACCGCCACACAUCCCACCACACCCACCACCCGCUCUCAGCGCGCCUGCCUCCACCCCACAAGCUGCGGCGGCUGCCCCCCACCUCUGCCCGGCACACCAGGAGAAAGAGGAAGAAGGAGAGAACCUCUGCUCCCCCCUCUGAGGGGACCCCUCCCAUCCAGGAGGAGGGGGGAGCUGGAGUGGAUGAGGAAGAGGAGGAAGAGGAGGAAGAGGAAGGAGAAUCUGAGGCAGAACCUGUGGAGCCCCCACCCUCAGGGACCCCACAGAAGGCAAAGUUCUCCAUUGGAAGUGACGAGGAUGACAGUCCAGGCCUCCCUGGGAGGGCUGCUGUCACUAAGCCCCUGCCCUCGGUGGGCCCACGCACUGACAAGAGCCCCCAGCACUCCAGCAGGCCCUGCUCUGAGCUGAGGGACGGUGACGGAACCACCGACCUGGCCCUGUCAAGUCCAAGGCUGCUGUGUUGCCUCCCCAGCUCCCCCAGCCCCCGGGCCCGGGCCUCCCGAAUCGCUGGGGAGAAAAGCCGGCCCUGGAGCCCAUCGGCCAGUUAUGACCUGCGGGAGCGACUGUGCCCAGGCAGUGCCCUGGGCAACCCGGGUGGUCCAGAGCAGCAGGUGCCCACUGAUGAGGCGGAGGCCCAGAUGCUGGGUUCUGCAGACCUGGACGACAUGAAGAGUGAGUGAGACCUUGUGGCAGCCCCCAUGGUCCACUGCGACGGACUCCCGGCCUCCGAGUGACCUUGGAGAGGCUCUGAGCUGUCCUCCACUCAGGGCUGAGUCCUCUCUGAAUCCCUGUCUGCUGGGAUGUGGCCAGUGAUGGGGAGCUCACUACCUCACCCAGCCACCCUCUCUGAUGGCCAGAGCUGAGAUUUCCUUUCCUGACACUUCACACCUCAGUCCUGAUUCUGUCCUCUGAGUCACCCCUAGAAAAAGGCAGCUCUCUUUUUGACAUCAUUGUAUCCCUCCCCAAGGCCCCUCUUCUCAGGGUGAACUCUUUGUCUCCUAGCUCUUUGAUCCCCUCCAAACCCAGGCCCUGAGUCUGAGCCAUUGCUCUGGACCCCUGCCUCUCCCUGUGGCAGGACCCCUCACUCCCAUCCCACUACCCUUGGCUGGGCCUGGCUGUGAUCUCGGCACAUUCCUUCCAUCUUAUCAGUGCCCUGGUUUCUGUGCCACCUGUCAUCACCCAUGGGGCUCUGUGCCCAGGCCAGGGGCAUCACUGAUCCCUCCUCCUCCUCAGAGCCACAGUGUGUGGGCGGGGUGGGGGGAAGGGUAGGGCUUUAAGCUCAAUACGUCAUGGAAAGUUGCCAGGGCCUGAGGACAGGGACGGGAACAAUCCGAUGGCAGCAGUAGCAGCGGGAUGGGGCGGGGGAAGGGCGUGUUUACAGACCCAGGGUGGGGGCUGGAUGCCGCCAGGAGUAGGCUUGUGGACGUGGGGAGUUGGGGUCGGGAGGCUGUGCCACCUUCAGCUCUGGUUGGACAGAAGCCACGCCGUCCAGGCUGCCACCUUGUAGGAGAGCCAAGGGGUCUGGCAGGGAGCGGGGGCCGAGGUUUUGGCCACCAA